UAGCUAGCUAGCUAACCAACCAAGGACACGUAUAGUUAUGCACUUCAUUUGUAACCAGCCAGUCUAGCUAGCUUCCGGAUGCACCUAGCAACAACUACGCGUAAAACAUAGCUAAUUUAGUUAGCUAGCUCUCAAGGCAGACUAGCCAGCUAACGGUAAUGAGGUUAGCUAGCUAAUCUCUGGCGGUUCCCUGCUAUCCAGUUGCGGCUAGCUAACUUGCAAACUUAAACCAGCCUAGUAAAAAUACACUGUCGUGCUGUGAACAUUUGUAUAUAUUCGAGGGGGGGGGUAAAUAAUUGUUUUUUUUUUAUCUAGCUAGGAAACAUGUAGCUAGCUAACAUAUCUAUAAAAAAAUAUCGCCUAGUCAGACUAGUAUUACUGUUCCAGGUGUAGCCGGCAGCCGAUAGUGGGCGCUAGAUCUGCACUAUCAUCUAGGUUUGACGUGCCCAGACGGUAAUACACUUGCCAUUAAAGCUAGUUAAGGAGGAAAAGUAUGCCUUUGCAGCGUGAUUGGAGGACGCUUUAUGUACGAGCUGGUCCACGGCAAUAGUGUUCAACUGCAGCCUGCAAUUCGGGGCGUUCCUGCAUCUGCUGGAACACCCUCCACUCGAGCAUCCCAUUGGUUCCUUCAUGAACACCCCACCCCGACAAUCCCAUUUGUUCCUGCAUGAACGUCAGCUGUCGAGCACUACAUCUUCAUGCUUGCUACACUUUUGAAUGCUUGUGUUGUCUCUGCCCCUCAGAAUGACAGACCCGGCUGUGAAGAGGGUGGUCAGUGAGAUCGUCCGCUCUCCAGAGGACAAGCGGGUGUACAGGGGCCUGGAGUUCAACAAUGGCCUAAAGGCCGUGCUCAUCAGUGAUCCCACCACAGACAAGUCCUCAGCAGGGCUGGAUGUUAAUAUAGGUUCUUUGUCAGACCCAGGGAACAUAUCAGGCAUUGCCCACUUCUGCGAACACAUGCUAUUCUUGGGCACAGAGAAGUACCCCAAGGAGAAUGAGUACAGCCAGUUUCUCAGCGAGCAUGCUGGCAGCUCCAAUGCUUUCACCAGCGGAGAGCACACCAACUACUACUUUGAUGUAUCCCACGAACACCUGGAGGGAGCAUUGGACAGGUUUGCUCAGUUCUUCUUGUGCCCGUUAUUUGACGAGAGCUGUAAGGACCGCGAGGUGAAUGCUGUGGACUCGGAGCACGAGAAGAACCUGAUGAAUGAUGCCUGGAGGCUGUUCCAGCUGGAGAAGGCCACUGGCAACCCCAACCACCCCUUCAGCAAAUUUGGGACCGGUAACAAGUUGACUCUGGAGACCAGGCCAUCAAAGGAUGGGAUCGACAUCCGCCAGGAACUCCUGAAAUUCCACUCCACCUACUACUCCUCCAACCUCAUGGGACUGUGUGUGCUGGGAAGAGAGUCAUUAGAUGAGCUCACCACAAUGGUGGUCAAGCUGUUUGGAGAGGUGGAAAACAAGAAUGUACCUAUCCCAGAGUUCCCUGAGCACCCCUUCCAGGAGGAGCACCUCAGGCAAUUCUACAAAGUGGUGCCUAUCAAGGACAUUAGGAACUUGUAUGUGACGUUCCCCAUCCCAGACCUGCAGAAGUAUUACAAGUCCAACCCAGGCCACUACCUGGGCCACCUGAUAGGCCACGAGGGCCCAGGGAGCCUGCUGUCUGAGCUCAAAUCCAAAGGCUGGGUGAACACACUGGUCGGAGGCCAGAAAGAGGGAGCUAAAGGCUUCAUGUUCUUCAUCAUCAAUGUGGACCUGACAGAGGAGGGACUCUUGCACGUGGAUGACAUCAUCUUCCACAUGUUCCAGUAUAUCCAGAAGCUGCGCACUGAGGGGCCUCAGGAGUGGGUCUUCGAGGAGUGCAAGGACUUAAACACUGUGGCCUUCAGGUUCAAGGACAAGGAGCGGCCCCGUGGCUACACCUCCAAAGUGGCUGGAUUACUGCACUACUACCCUCUGGAGGAGAUCCUAGCAGCAGAGUACCUGCUGGAAGACUUCAGGCCAGACCUGAUAGAGAUGGUCCUGGACAAGCUGAGGCCGGAAUACGUCAGAGUCGCAGUCGUCUCAAAGUCGUUCGAAGGGCAGACGGACAAGACGGAGGAAUGGUAUGGGACGCACUACAAACAGGAGCCCAUAUCUGAAGAUAUCCUCAAGAAAUGGGGAAAAGCUGACUUCAAUGGCAAGUUCAAGCUGCCCAUGAAGAACGAGUUCAUUCCUACCAACUUUGAUAUCUACCCUCUGGAGAAAGACUCUCCCUCCGCCCCAACUCUAAUCAAGGACACUGCUAUGAGCAAGGUGUGGUUCAAGCAGGAUGACAAGUUUUUCCUACCAAAGGCAUGCCUGAACUUUGAGUUCUUCAGCCCGUUUGCGUAUGUGGACCCGAUACAUUGUAACAUGGCCUAUUUGUACCUGGAGCUCCUCAAAGACUCCCUCAACGAGUAUGCAUAUGCAGCCGAGCUAGCAGGCUUGAACUAUGACCUCCAAAAUACCAUCUAUGGGAUGUAUCUCUCAGUGAAGGGCUACAAUGACAAGCAGCACAUCCUGCUGAAGAAGAUCAUUGAGAAGAUGGCCAACUUUGAGAUUGACGAGAAACGCUUUGACAUCAUCAAGGAAGCGUAUAUGAGGUCACUGAACAACUUCCGGGCAGAGCAACCCCAUCAGCAUGCCAUGUACUACCUGCGUCUGCUGAUGACAGAGGUGGCAUGGACCAAAGACGAGCUCAAGGAGGCUCUGGACGAUGUCACUCUCCCCCGCCUCAAGGCCUUUAUACCUCAGCUAUUGUCACGGUUACACAUCGAGACCCUUCUUCAUGGCAACAUCACCAAGGAGUCUGCUCUAGGCAUGAUGCAGAUGGUCGAGGACACGCUUAUGAAUCAAGCCCACACCAAGCCCCUCUUACCAAGCCAGUUGAUUCGCUACAGGGAGGUGCAGGUGCCAGAUGGUGGCUGGUAUGUGUACCAGCAGAGGAACGAGGUGCACAACAACUGUGGCAUAGAGAUCUACUACCAGACAGACAUGCAGACAACCCACGACAACAUGCUGCUGGAACUCUUCUGUCAGAUCAUCUCUGAGCCCUGCUUCAACACACUGCGCACCAAGGAACAGUUGGGGUACAUAGUGUUUAGCGGUCCACGGCGCGCUAACGGGGUCCAGGGCCUGCGCUUCAUCAUCCAGUCGGAGAAGGCCCCCCACUACCUGGAGAGCCGGGUAGAGGCCUUCCUAAAAGCCACAGAGAAGUCUGUGGAGGAAAUGAAUGACGAGGCCUUCCAGAAACACAUCCAGGCCCUGGCCAUCCGCCGCCUGGACAAGCCCAAGAAGCUGGCCGCCGAGUGCGCCAAGUACUGGGGGGAGAUCAUCUCCCAGCAGUACAACUUUGACAGAGAUAACAUUGAGGUGGCCUAUCUGAAGACGUUGACUAAAGAAAACAUCAUGCAGUUCUACCGGGAUCUGUUGGCGGUGGACGCACCCAAGAGGCACAAGGUGUCUGUGCACGUCCUGUCUAGGGAGAUGGACUCCUGCCCCAUCGUGGGAGAGUUCCCUGCCCAGAAUGAUGUCAACCUGGCCCCUGCCCCAUCCCUGCCACAGCCUACGUUGGUGCAGGACAUGACUGAGUUCAAGAGGAGCCUGCCCCUCUUUCCCCUGGCCAAGCCUCACAUCAACUUCAUGGCUGCCAAACUGUGAGGACCGAGCAGCAUGAGAGCACUGUGGGGGGGUGCUGGGGGACCCUGCAAUGUCCCUCUACGCCCCCCUGUGGCAACUGGAGUCUGGAACACACUCAUCUGACUGAGCAUGCAUGUGUGUUUGUCUCUCUGUGUGUGUGUGUGUGUGUGUGUGUGUGGUAAGCUGGAGAGGCCACUAGAGGUGCUUGGAAAUGUGUGAUUCACACAACUUAGCUGUGGUUCUCAUCAUAGCUCAGUUUAAUAGUAGAGGUCACACACAAAAACUAACUUUGUUUUAGUCUCAUGGAAAACCCCACCAACACACAUUCCCGACAUUGUAUAGACUGUUUGUAGAGGAAUAGUACUGACAUAAAGAACCUCAAGGCCAGAACCCUGUAAACCAGUACAAAUACCCCUUGAUACUUCAUGAUGGAAGUGUUUUUAUUCAGCUUAGCCACAAGGGCAUGCUGCUGUGGUGAGAAUAAAUGGUUAGUUAAUGAUUAUGGUGAUGUGAAGCUGUUGAAGUAGGUGGUUAGCUCUGCAGGGGUGCACAUUCUUUCAUUUCAGACACGCUGGACACAUACAUUUCUCCUAUGUACUCGUGCGAUGCAUCGAGGCACGGUGACAACUCCCCAAAUUGUUAUCAUGGAGACACUUUGUGUUUAAAUAAUGACUGUGCAACACACUAUUUUAGACUUUCUGUUUUAUGACAAAAAAAUUAGAUCAGCCUUAUGGAAAUGAUUCUGUUUUAAUCCAUAAUGUACACGUUUUGAGAUCUGACUCUUUUCUUUUUUUAUUUAAACUAGUAAAAUGUCGGUGCCCUUUGAGGAGCUGUUUUAAAACUGCUUAUUUGGUGGAGAGGCGUGUUCAUUAAGCUUUUCUUUUUAACUAGUGCUUUCUACAGGGUUGUAUUAUUAUCCGAGCAUCAUCUCAGGGUACCUCAAUCUUUUUCUUUUUCUUUUAUUUGAGAUUGAAGAAAAAUAAACGUAUUUUAAAUGUCUGUAUUUAAUUAGUUAAUUACUUGUUUGGAGUCAUAAAUUAGCUUUUGUUGUUCAAAUAUUGUUAUUAUUUUAAUCUGAAUUAAGUGUUCGGCUACCGAUUUCUUGCAUAGGGCCCUCCCCCUAUCCUCUCCCCCCAUCUUUCUCCAUUUGAGACUUAGCUUGUGCCUUUUAAAAGGGGGGCGAUGAUUGGUCAUUCUCUGGCAGUGAAGAUUGUCUCUUACAAAGCUGGAGCAAUAGAGAUUUCUCUAUGGCUGGUGGAGUCAGCUGGAUACACAGCACAGCAGUGUGGAGUUUGACAGUCAGUCAACUGCACUUUGUCUCUGUGGGUCAGACUUGGAACAGGAUUGCUUAAAGACCCACUGGGCAAACACUGGUUGAAUCAACUUUGAUUCCGUGUCAUUUCAAUGAAAAUUACAUUGAACCAGCGUGGAAUUGACAUCUGUGCCCAGUGGGGAUGCUGUUCUUCAGAAAAACAUUAAAUAGGACUGUUUUAGAAUGUCUGGUGGGGUAAACUGAUUUUCAGUGUAGUAUUUCUUUUCAGAACACCUUUUUAAAUAAUCAUGUUUUUUUCUGUAAGGGUUCAAAAGAGGCCUAUGUAUGGAGGGUGAAGGUGUAGUCAGGCCUGUUUCUCAAUAUGCACUUCUCACUAAGCAAUAAAAUCUGUUGGGAAUCAAA